AUGACCUCUAACACUAAUAAUAUUAUUCAAAUCCGAGGUCAAGAUUUUGCGGUCAGUAAUCGUUUUGUUAAUUUAAAAUAUCUUGCAUCUGGUGCUUAUGGAAUGGUAGUAUCGGCAUUUGAUACUCAAAAACUUACAAAUGUUGCUAUUAAAAAAAUUUCUCCAUUUCUUUCCAAGAUAAAUUGUCAACGAACAUUACGUGAAAUUCGAAUACUACAACGACUUAAACAUGAAAAUAUAAUUAAUAUAAUAGAAAUUCUUAAACCAACAUCAUUAGAACAAAUGAAAGAUAUUUAUUUAAUUGAAACAUUAAUGGAUACAGAUUUAUCUCAAUUAAUUACAAAUCAAAAUGGUUCAAAAAUUCUAUCAGAUGAUCAUAUUCUUUAUUUUACUUAUCAAUUAUUAAGAGGUGUUAAAUAUAUACACAGUGCUAAUGUAGGAGAAUCUACAACAACUAAUGUUUAUCAAAGUGUAUUUGAAAUGUCGACGAAGAUUCCAGAAGGUCUACAAAGUGUAUUUGAAGUUGAACCACAACUUCCAUUACCAGCAACUAUGGUUGAUGAUGAGUUCAUUUCACAAAGUGAACGUUUAACAACUCGAUGA